UUUAAUUUUUUUUUGCUGCGUUUGGUAUCGUUCUGUAUUGUUCUGUAUCAUUUGUAUUUUCGUUAUGGUUGUGGCGUUGCGCGUUUAUCGACAACAGUAGCACGCGUUUGCCUCACGAGUGCCAAUGCCCGUUGUCACCAAAUUCAAAACUUCAAGGCUGAACAACCAGGUAGUUGUAAAGUGUAGCUGUGCUACAGUAGUAGUGCAAUGCGUUUCCGACCAACUGGUUCCUUUAUUCUACGCUUUCGAUCACCGUGCUUUUGACUGCCCGUAGCGAACGGUCGUUCUGAACACGAUGGCGUCGACUGUCCUCAAGUGGUUGCCGGCUGUUGUCCUACUGCACAUCGUCUCGGGCGACGCUACUUCGUCGACGGUCCUGCGAGAAGGCCACCAAUACCUGGCCCGAUCGUACAACAACAGGAACGACCUCGCCGUAUUCUGCUACCCGGGCGAGCCCGCUAGUUACUGGUCGCUCUUCAAGUCCGUCUACGUCGAGUUCAAGCUCGUGCCAGAGCGCUACACGCUCUUCGAGGGGCCCGACGAGGCGUCCGUGCGGGCGCAGUUCGACUCGCACAUCGCCAGCUGGGUCCCGCUGCUUCCCUGGAGGCGCUCCACCAUCUCGCUGUCGGCAUUCAGACCUCACUGCAUCGGCGUCGUGUCCGAAGACGACUACCGUUUCCAGCUGGUGGUGCGCGAGGCCAACUACUGGCGCCUGCUGCAGUUCCUCGUCUCGGUGCUGAUGUUCUUCAGCGUGCCUUCGCUGUGCCGCAACGUGCUCGUCUUCUACUCGUGCGGCGUCGCCGUCGGCAUAAUGGCCUCGUUACUCGUCGUCGUAUUCGUCCUGGGUCGCCUGUUACCGCGUCGCUCAGCGUGCUUCACGGUUCUCUGCUUCGGCUGGUCGCUGGUGCUGUACUUGCUGCAACUGCUGUGGUCGAACGUUUAUCAGGUGCUGGCUGACUACAGGAACGUGCUGGCUGGCUACAUCGCAUUCACGGCGCUCCUCAGUUUCGCCGUCUGCUACCGCGUGGGGCCACCGACAAAUCCUCGGACUCUGGAUUUGAUUCAGUGGUCCCUGCAGCUAGUGGCACUGGCUGGAGUAAUAACGUCGUCAGAGAUCCGCGAGGUGACGUGCGCCACGGCGCUCGCCAUGCUGGUGGCCUACAACCUCCCGCCGAGCUGGACGGCCAAGAUGAGGACCUGGUGGAGGACACGCGUGUGCCGGCCAAAGGUGAAGCUCCUUACCGAGGAAGAGUACAUAUUGCAGGGCGAUGUCGAAACGAGAAAGGCCCUGGAAUCUCUGCGAGAGUUUUGUGGCAGCCCCAACUGCAGGACGUGGCAGGUGGUGACCCGCUUGAAGGAUCCCGUGCGGUUCGCCAAGUUCGUUCAGGGACAGUCGCAUCUCGCGGACGAGGAAGUGCUCCAGUACGAGCUGGAUUCGUCGGACAGGCCGCCAAGCGACGAGGACUACCAGCUGACAGAGGAGAGUGACGACGAACAGCCGUCGUUUACGGAACUUGUAGAGUAGGUCAGUGGCCCUUCUAGACGGUCUGAACCUCCGCCUAUGAAAUGGGUGAAGCAAACUGGAACUUUGCCGACACCUAAGAUGGCUGGUGGUAAGCAAGUGCAGCUGAGGUUGUGUUAUUUUAACCCUGUGGGUUUUACAAUCACACGAGGCUUCUGCCAGCUACUAGACAACACGCAUCUUGUUCGAGAAUACCUGUUGCGACUUGCCAGAUUUGCACGAGAACAGUCACGUGUAGUUGUCGUAGAUGGGUCCUUUGGUAUGACCUGGGUUUUUUUGAGACCAUCUGCCCAAUGGUGAGAGCUACCUAAUAAUGCAGAAACGUGACGACUGAAAUAGCACUUCUGGAAAUUAUGCGCAAGGGCAACUGUGCUCAGCCUUCUCUGCCAACUCUAGAACAAACUUGGUGCCAAGCGUGAUUGACAUGGAUGUUUCUGGUUGAGCAUCGUUACCAUACCACUCAUGGAUUUGUAGCAUGAAUCUACCUCUCUGUUAGUGAGCAGCUACCCAACCCAUAUAAUUUGUACAUUCCAGAGGUCUUGCUUGCAAAGAGUUUACAAGUUUAUAAAUAAACAACUAAGGUGCCUUGGGACAUUGCAACUUCUACAGCUGUCAGUGUUGUGCACGCAGUGGUGCUGGUGUUACAGGGUCAGGUGAUAGCCUCGCGUAACAACUUUGUCAGGGAAACACUUAUCCCCAUGAUACCUGUUAUGUUAAGGUCAACUCAGCUCUCUGACAUGGCUGGACCAAGUCUUGCAUGGCUGUAGGGCAGGUUGCAAGAGCUCUCAUAGCUUUCAUGUUCUACUCCUUGCCGCAAUGUGACGAGGUGUUCGCAAGUUCACACUGAGCAUCAUACAAGUUUUGGUAUUCUUGUCACACUUCACAUGCAGCACGUAUAAAGUCCAGUGUCAAUAGCAUUGCCACAAUGCUGGCAUUUUAGGCCAAUCACAGCUCAAGUUUUUAAGCCAAUCACAGCUCAAGUCGAUGAAGCUCACCUUGUACCAAGGACAAGAUAAGGCUCAACAUAGUGCUGUAUUGACUCAACAUAGUGCUGUAUUGACUCAAGUGCAAGGGGUGUCAGUUUUGUUAGUUAGAGUUGAGAAGGAAACGCCAUAUUGGGAUUGAUCUACCAAUCGCUCUCAUUUUCACAGUUUGUUGGUGCCUGUGCUUAUCCUAGGCCAAGGACAACAUUUCCACUGUACAGUGGCAGACUGAAAUCAUUACGCACCAAAGAGAACUCGGAUUUGUUUUUGUGUUCAUGUGAUGCGUUUUCUUUACUAAAACCACUGAUUUGUUUCUGUGACAGUACUUGAACCAAUGUGCAUGAUUAUGAACAAAUUGCAGCAGGGAACAGCAUACAAGUGAACAACUUGUUAACAGCUUUCAUGUUGGUUCCACUGCUGCACUGAAAUGAUGGCACAGUUUAGGCAAAUUCUCCCUCAAAAGGAGGGGUUGUGUUGCCAGUACUGAGAAAUACGCUCAUAGAGUUACCGUUGAACACUAACUACUGACAACGUGUUCACUUUUAUAUUUGUCUGCUAUGUAUGCGCGUAACACUUGUGGGAAAGAAAGCCACCCUUUUACGCCAUCUAGUACUGACAUUCGACUGACCUUUCAGCAUGAACUGUGAGGGUCAUCUCGUCCUGUUUCAAUAAAGUACUUCCACACUUC